CCCAAGCCUGGUUUUAAGCCUGACUGAGUAGCGGGAUUGUAGGGAAAAUUCAUAGCUCUCAUUUGAACCCGAAACGCACACCAUCAAAUCCUCAAAAAUGGCAAGUUUGCCAAGGGCAAUUUUCAGCGCCAUUCCACGCCUUCUUAGCUCCUCGCCUGCCACAUCCGACUCUCUUUACAGGCCUAUAUUGGGUUCGUUUUCGCGUUUUAGUUCGUCAAAUUCGACUACCCAAUCGAUUGAUAUCGAUCUUUCGAAUGAAGAAAGCAAAAGGCGUUUAUUUAACAGGUUGUUGUAUAGGAGCAAGCAAAGAGGGUACCUGGAGCUGGACUUAAUUUUGGGGAAAUGGGUGGAGAAUCAUAUUCACUCCUUGAAUGAAGACGGAAUUAAAUCCCUGGUUCAUGUCCUUGACCUGGAGAAUCCAGAUCUAUGGAAAUGGCUGACUUGUCAGGAGCAACCCCCUGAUGCAGUAAAAAUAAAUCCUGUAUUUUUAGCUGUGCGGGACAAGGUUAUGAACAACCUCAACAACCAUGCUUCUCCUGAAACUCGAGCUACUCCUGGACAGCCAUGGGUAAGAGGUUGGGACGAUUUCAAAAAAGGUCGAGAUGCCCCUACAGCUGGGAACCAGUAGUUGCAUAAUGAGAUCAAAUGUUCUAAAAUAUCGAGCUUUUCUCCAAGGUAGCGUGAAUAAUGUUUUGAAAUGCAUAUCGUAUCAUUGCUUCAUUCUGUGGUACUCUGUAAAAAUAAUGUUUUAUUGAUGAGCCUGUGAACUGUGUGUCCACCCAACAUUUAUGAACUUUGUGCAUUGAUUUUGUAUAAGGAAUAAUGUUAAAUUCUAUCGACUCCCGAGUGCUCGGGUUCAUAAACUCGUUUGAUGAAUUAAA